AUGGAUAAUAUUGAUAUUGAAAUUGAUCAAUUAAUCGACCUAUCAAAUGAACGUUUUUUUGAACAUAUUGAAGAACGAUAUGGAAAGCUUCAGGUUGAUGAACAUCAAUUAAUCGAUUUCUUUGAAAAGCCUAAUGAUGAACAUUCUACAAGUGAAUUAGUUAAUUUGAAAAACGAGAUUUGUAAUAUAUCUCAAGAAUCUAUAACUUUAAAAGUUGGAACAAAAGCUAAAGUCGUGUCUUUGUUAAAAUCAGCUCAAUUUAUUGUCAAAAAGAAAAAAUUUCAAGUAUUAUCUCAAGCACGAUCAAACCGGCUUGAUAAUCAUCAAUCAUCCUUAUCAUCAACUGAUAACAAUGUUACUGAUAGUGAAGUUAGUAAAGAAAAUAAUCGUUUGUCAAUAGAAGAAUCUAUUGAAAAAUUAUUGAAAAAUAUUAAUUAUAAUAUUCAUGGUAAAUAUUAUACAAAUAUAUCGACGAAAGAUUUCAAAGUGAUCAUCGAAAACACGAGUGAUCCUAUUGUACCAACUUGCUCAAUAGAAUGUAUAUGCAACGAAAGAAUAAAGUUAUAUUUAAAAAGUUAUCGAUUUCAACUAUCAAAUUUUAUGAAACAUUUGAAGGUCAUUAACAACAAACCAACAUUGCUUAUCAAUAAUAUAAAUCAACAAUUGGAUGGUUCAUCAAACGUUGUAAAUCAAAUGAAUUUUGAUGAUCAAGCUUUAAGAAAUGAAAGUAAUCGACCAACUGCUCAAAACUAUUCUAUUCAACAUCAUACUAAUAAUAGUGAUCUGUCAGCAUCAGUUACAAUAAAAAAAACUCUGAGUCAAAAUAAUAAAAGUCGUGCCGAAUCAAAUAAUAGAAAUCGUGACUUAUUAGCUACAAUUAAAAAAAAUCAUCAACCAUCAGCUACUAAUUUGCCCAAAGAAGAUGAAACACAAAGUUCUAUUUCAUUUACUACACCAUCAAAUCCGAAAACUGUAUGCGUGAUUCUUGUUUUGUUUGUAAAUAUAGCUUUGGUUUUAGCAACUAAUAAAUAA